CAUGUCAGUCAGCCCCGACCCUCCGCCGCGGACGGUCGCGGGGGUGCCGGCUCCUGGUUGGCCCGUGCCCCGCUCGUCGGUCCCCGGCGUCGCUCACAGGCGGACCUCAGGUCACGACCUGUCACCAUGCAGCUGACCUGGCUGCUGCUGCUGGUCGGCCUCGGUGGCCUGCGGGCCCAGGCCCCGCUGGAGCCCAACCCAAAAUGUGUGGAGCGUGCCGAGUUCUCGUGCGCCGACUCGGAGCUCUGCCUCCCCAUGUCGCAGCGAUGCGACGGCUUUGAGGACUGUCCGCGCGCCGACGACGAGCGGGACUGUCUGUGUCGGGCCGACCAGUGGCAGUGCAACGAGGGCCUCUGUAUCGACAGUAGCCUCAAGUGCAACGGUGUGGCCGACUGUCCCGCCGGGGAUGACUCGGAUGAGAGCCCGAGGCAAUGUCAGCGUGCCCCCUGCUCUCCACUGCAGCUGCGCUGCUCGGACGGCAGCUGUGUCGACCUGCGCCGCAAGUGUGACGGCUACAGGGAUUGCCCCGGCGGCUUCGACGAGCAGGACUGCGACUGCGGUGCGGACCAGUGGCGCUGCCGCUCGGGAGCCUGUCUGCCAGCCGAGCGUCGCUGCGACGGCAGCGCAGACUGCGCCGACAGUUCAGACGAGCAGGACUGCAAGUGUCGGGAGGACGAGCGGCGGUGCAACAGCGGCGAGUGCCGGAGCGCCUCCGUCUGGUGCGACGGCCGCUCGGACUGCGCUGAUGAUUCGGACGAGCUCGACUGUGCGGCCACAUGCGCGACGAGCGAGUUCUCCUGCGCCGAUGGCACGUGCAUCAACGCCGGCCUGCGCUGUGACGGCACCAUUCACUGCCCCGACAGCUCCGAUGAAAUCGGCUGCCCGCCACGCUGUCGUCCGGACCAGUUCGCCUGCGAUGACGGGCCCUGUCUCAGUAUCGCGCAGAAGUGUAACGGCGUGCCCGAGUGCGCCGGUGGUGAGGAUGAAAACAACUGCGCUGGCUGCAGCGCGGAGGAGUUUCGCUGCAGCGACGGCUCCUGUAUUCCCUUCACGCGAGCCUGUGAUGGCUUCCCGGAUUGCAUUGAUGGUUCUGACGAGGAUAGAAAUCGUUGUCCAAGUGGUCCGGCGCCGACGCUGUGCGAAGCCGAUGACUUCCGCUGCUCGGACGGCAGCUGCGUGCCCGGCAGGCGGCGCUGCGACUCGGCCUACGACUGCCCGGAUGGGUCGGACGAGGCUGGCUGCAUGCCGUCCUGCGGGGAGGAUUUCACCUGCACCUCGACCGACGAGUGCGUGGACAGAGCCCGCGUCUGCGAUGGCUUUCCUGACUGCGCUGACAACAGUGACGAGGCCAACUGCACGCGUCCGGCCUGCGAACCCCAGGACGUCACGUGCUCAGACGGCGCCUGCGUGCCCGCCUCGGCCCGCUGCAACGGCGUCCGAGACUGUAUCGACGGCGUCGACGAGGUCGACUGCGCGUGCCCGGAGGGCCAGUUCAGAUGUCUGGACGGCACCUGCCUGAGUGCGGCCAGACGCUGCGACGGCAAUUUUGACUGCGCCGACUACGAUGACGAGGAGGGAUGCCCGCCGGUGGCAUGCACGGCCGAUGAGCACCGCUGUGGCGACGGCACCUGCCUGGACGCCCGACGCCGCUGCGACCAGAUCCCGGACUGCGCGGACGGCUCGGACGAGCGCGACUGCGCCUGCGACGACACCGAGUUCCGGUGCGGCGACGGCUCGUGCAUUGCCCGCACGCGCGUCUGCGACCUCUCUUACGACUGCAGGGACUACAGUGACGAGCAGAACUGCAGACGUAUGUUCGCCCGCUGCGCACUGCGCCGGCUGCUUGGGAGGGAAGUGCGACGGCCAGCCAGACUGCCCUGGAACUACUCGGACGAGGCCAACUGCCAGCUGCAGUGCCGGGCCGGCGCGUUCCGAUGCGCCGACGGCAGCCGCUGCAUUCCCGAGUCGAGGGUGUGUAACGGCGCGGUGGAGUGCGCCGACUCCAGCGACGAGCAGGGCUGCGCACGUUUCAGCAACUAUAUAGUCAACUCUUGA